AUGGUAAUUGCUCAAACUUGGUUAGAUAGAAAUAUUCCUCUUAAUCAGCGAAAUAAUAUUGAAGAACUUCAUGUUUUUCCUAGCGAAAUAGAAAGCGAUGAAGCACACCACAUCCUCUACCAAAAUCGCCCCAAUCGGCACUACAUUCCUUUGGCAAGUAGUCUGACCGGAAAAUUAAAUUUAUCUACCUUUCCGAGGUUAAGAACAUUAAAUAUUAAUAAGCAGUUCAUCAAUCGUUUAGUCCUAACUAACUGUAAUCGUUUGAGAAUUGUAGCGAAAGAUUUAUCUGAAUUCAAUCGUUUCCGCAAAUUAACUUCUUUAUUUUUAGGAACUGAAAGACCUGAAAGAAUAAAUCAAGGAGUUUAUAAUCGAUGGAAUGGUUCUUUGUCUAAUAUUAGCAAUUUAACCAAAUUAGAGGAGUUGGAUAUCAAUGCCACUGAUGUGAAUGAUGGUCUAAUUGAUUUACCGACUAGAAAACUGCGUCACUUUACCUUUGGAGACUGUGGAAGAACAGAGGCGGAGGUAAAUCGGUUAAAAGACACUUUAUCAAAUUACAUAGAAUUAGAGGGCGAAGAGUUAGAAAAAUGA